CUGUCCUCGAUAAUUUGACCGGUAAUGCCUGCCAUUUGAUUUCCCGCGAAACACACACAGUUCCUCCCGCCCUCUUUGGUCGUUGGUUAUUCCACGGUGCUAUUGCUAACAGAUAUCAUCCAAUAAUGGGAAUACACGGACUUGCCAAACUGAUUGCUGACCAUGCCCCUUCUGCAAUCAAAGAGCAAGACAUUAAGAGCUACUUUGGCAGGAAAAUUGCCAUCGAUGCCUCCAUGUGCAUGUACCAGUUCCUGAUUGCUGUGAGACAGGAUGGUAAUGUUCUACAGAAUGAAGAUGGGGAAACAACAAGCCACCUAAUGGGAAUGUUCUACCGAACGAUCCGCAUGCUGGAGCAUGGGAUCAAGCCGGUGUACGUUUUUGAUGGGAAGCCUCCACAGCUCAAAUCAUCAGAGCUUGAGAAGAGAGGAGAAAGGAGGGCAGAAGCUGAGAAGUUGCUUGCUCAAGCACAGGAAAUGGGAGAACAAGAAAAUGUAGAAAAAUUCACCAAACGUCUGGUUAAAGUGACUAAGCAGCAUAAUGACGAAUGCAAAAAGCUGCUAUCCCUGAUGGGCGUUCCUUACAUUGAGGCUCCAUGUGAGGCUGAAGCCAGCUGUGCUGCUUUAGUUAAAGAAGGGAAGGUCUUUGCCACGGCAACAGAAGACAUGGACGGCCUGACCUUUGGGACAAACGUGCUGCUCAGACAUCUCACUGCCAGCGAAGCCAAAAAGCUUCCCAUUCAAGAGUUCCACUUUAAUCGCAUCUUGCAGGACAUGGACCUGACCAAAGAGCAGUUCAUCGAUCUGUGUAUUCUGCUGGGUUGCGACUACUGUGGCACCAUCAAGGGAAUUGGCCCCAAGAGAGCCGUGGACCUGAUCCGACAGCACGGCUGCAUCGAGGAGAUCCUAGAAAACAUCGAUUCAAAGAAACACUCGGCCCCAGAGGACUGGCUGUAUAAAGAGGCCAGGGGUCUGUUUCUGAAGCCGGAGGUGGUGGAUUGUUCCUCGGUGGAGCUGAAGUGGAACGAGCCUGAUGAGGAGGGCCUGGUCCAGUUCAUGUGCAACGAGAAACAGUUCAGUGAGGACAGAAUCCGUAACGGUUGUAAGAAGAUUGUAAAAAGCAGACAGGGCAGCACACAGGGAAGACUGGACUCUUUCUUCACCGUCACUGGAUCCCUGUCCUCCAAACGAAAGGAGCCAGAAACAAAAGGACCAGCAAAGAAAAAGCAGAAAACUGGAGCAACACCUGGAAAAUUCAAGAAGGCCAAAUAAGCUCAAAGCAGAACUUUGUUCAACUAGUUAAGAUUGUUAGUAUGUCAAACCACGAAAAAGGACUACGGUGCAUAAGUAGAGAUAAGAAAGCUGUCGAGUGAAAACUCAGUCAUCAAGAGUAAAACACAGCCAGGCUAGCUAUGGUUUUUUGAAUGAUGAAAUAAAUAGUUUCUGUAUAGAAA